AUGGACCACGCGCGGCCUCCGGUUCGAGCCAUCAUAUCCUGCACUUUUUGCCGACAAAAGAAGCUGCGAUGCGAUCGAGUUCGACCAUGUGGUAGCUGCGUUAAACGAGGCUUGGGCUGUGUCUAUCUCAACCCGAAUCCUCCACCCCGCACUGCUCCCACCCGCUCCACGAGGCAGUUGAAUCAGCGUGUCCGAGAACUGGAGGAGCUAGUGAAUGUCCUAGCAAAGGCAAAGAGUACCCCCAGACCAGAUCAUGAGACUGAGCAAAAGUCCAACAGCAGUGAUGACGAGAUUGCCAGCUCUCUGGGCAGGAUGCAGGUGGGGGAGACAGGCACCAGUUAUGUUUCAGGGUCUCAUUGGGCCGCGCUUCAGGACAGUAUUGCAGAGAUCAAGGAGUAUCUCGAUUCGGAUACUCCUCUGAGCCAGAACUACAGUGAAGGUCCAGCACUCCUAGUAGGACUUUGUCCGCCGGUUGGGAAGGAUGACUUCCUGGCCGCCGUACCCCCAAAGGACGUGGCGGAUCGCUUGGUAUCGAGAUUCUUCAACUCAAUGGAGCCGGGAGUUCUUAUUUUCCAUGCUCCUACUUUCCAGAACGAGUAUAAUCGGUUCUGGUCCCAACCCCAGGAGCGUGCCGAAGGCGAGCCUGCCGACGUUAUUGGUAAUCCCGAAGAAGCGUGCAACAUAUACCGGCUCUACGCUGCCUACUGUCUGAUCAGAGACAGAUAUACCACCCCGACUAAAUACACUAUCGAAGCGCUACUCACAUACGCACAAUGCGAGUACUUCCGAAGCGCCGACGCCCAGCAUGAGAACUGGGUAAUGUUCGGUAUUAUCAUGCGACUGGCCCUACACAUGGGCCUGCAUCGAGACGGCUCGCGGUUCCCAGAAAUAUCCUGCUUCGAGGCCGAGAUGCGUCGGCGCAUCUGGGCUUUCAUGACCCAAGGGGAUGCCCUUUCCUCGUUUCAAUCUGGCCUGCCCCGUAUGAUGCACAAAGGCGUUGCUGAUACCCACCUGCCUCGAAACUUGCUGGAUGAGGACUUUGACGAGAACACCACGACGCUGCCUCCCUCACGGCCAGAUACAGAUGCAACCCCGCUCUCAUAUGUAAUAUCAAAGAGCGUAAUCGGUGAAGUCUUUGCUCAGAUCACCGACCGUGUGGCGUCCACGGAACCCACCACCUAUCAAUCUAUCAUUCAGCUGGACAAUCAGCUCAACGAGGCCUACGCUGCAAUUCCAGCACCAUUGAAGUUCCGCAGCGUAGCCCAGUCUGUUAUAGAUCUGCCGCAUAUCAUCAUGCGCCGUUAUAGUCUAGAGAUCCUCUACCAGAAAUCACGCUGCAUCCUUCACCGGCAACAUCUCUGCGAGGGACGCUCUGACCCCCGUUAUGCCAGGUCCCGACAGAUCUGCAUUGACGCAGCAAUGAGCCUGCUGCAACAUCAGGCCACCCUAGACGCGCAAGUCCAGCCAGGUGGCGUACUGUGCCACAGUAAAUGGUACGUAUCGUCGCUGGCUUCUCACGAUUUCAUCCUCGCCGCUAUGAUCCUGUGCGUGGAGCUUCACCAUCAAUCUAGCAGAAGCAAUGGCCAGCCACGAGGGGAACUCUCCCAAAACAUCGAUGGGUUUCUUCCUGCCCUACAGACCUCUCGUCAGAUCUGGAGCAGAUAUAAGGAAUUCUCAUCGGAAGCCAUGCAAGCGUGGCGGUCCAUAAGCAUCAUGCUCGGCAAGCUAAACGCCACAACACUGAGCCCGGUAACGCCCAUAACGAAUAGCCAUGACUUGUCAAGUAUAAGCGGGAUGAGCGGAGAAAACAGCCUGCCCUUAAGCUCUCCAGACCAACCGAACUGGUAUGACCCACCACCAGCCUCAACCACCAACAAUCUGGACUUCGAGAACGCCAUGGCGCUGGAAUUGGGCUUCCCCGGCGGAGCCAUCAUGGACAAGAACUUCUGGGACUUUUCCAAUAAUAUCGAUUGGGCUGAAUUCGAUGCUACGGUGCAGAACUUGGACAUGGUUGGGAAUAGAGUCGGCUUAUACUAG